AUGAACCUGUGUGAGGAAGGAGCAAUGAGCAUUCUGGAAAUAGGCACCAACUUCAGUCAAUCAGAAGAGCACAGGAGUCUGAUCAUGAAGAAACUGUCCUAUACAAAGGAAGCGAUGGGUGGCUCCUGCACGGACUGGUCAUGUGGUACUGGGACUCCAACUCCAGCAUCAACUAUUGAUGUUACCACACUGAGAGAUGCGGCUGCCAACGUUCCUCCCCCUCAUGGGGUCUCCAUUGAGAGUCCUUCAGGCACUACUGUCCGUGAGGUCCAAGAUGCAGACACCGCUACCAAUAAUGAGAUAAAGAAGGAGGAUGAGCAGCUACUGAAACCUGUAACCGAGCAGAUCAUUGAGUUCAGCAUCACCAUCGCUGGAGAGAAGUACAGUGAGGAGCUGAGUGACCCAGCCUCCCCAAAAUAUCAGCAGCUCUCAGAACAAUUCACUGCACAGAUCCAAAAGGCUUUUGAUGGAUUACCCGGAUACAAAAGUGUUCAAGUCCUGGAAUACAGCUCUCCUGAGGAGGACAGUGGAGUGGAAGUCCACUAUGCUGUUACAUUUGAUGGAAAAGCCAUCAGCAAUGCCACCUGGGACCUCAUUAACCUUCAUUCCAACAAGGUGGAGGACAACUCCUUUAUGGACAUAGAAGAUAAUCCAACAGUUGUUUACACCAUCAGUGAUUUCCAAGAUUAUAUUGCUGAAAUUCUCCAGAAAAAUGCCUUGCUGGAAAAUGCAUCCUUGACUUUGGACCCCAGCUCUCUCCAACUUAUUAAUAUGAAAGAAAUCAUACAGCCUGCAGCAGAAGACCCAACCUGGAUCACUGAGCAUCCUGUUGUGCAGGAACACUCAGAGUUUGACGAUAACACCUUUGUGGCUGAAUGGCCUUCGGCAGAUGAAUCAACUGCCAGCAACACCUUGCCCUUCGACUUCACCAAACCAGAUCCCAGUCUAGGUAGCGAGCAGUCCAACGACAACGAAAUCCGGCCAAAACCUGAAAAUCUGGACUCCGAGGCCAGUCUGCCACCCGAAGCUCCGCUCUCCUCAGAGGCUGACAUYACUUACUUACCUGAUGGGCUGGGUUUAGAGGAAGGGAACCAGACUCCUCUUUUGGUCACCCCGUCGGUAUUAGGGCACGAUUCUGCAGAUUCUCUGGAAUGGCUCUCAGUCCCGGAUCCUUUAGAUGGAUUUGAAGAUACCGGACUAUCUGAAGACUUUCUUCUGCCUUCAAGUGUCCCUUCUCAUGUUGUGCCAAAGAAACCUUCAUCCACAGAUGAUGAUGUAGUUCCUCUGCUAUCUGCACCAACAAUGGCCUCUUCGUCGGUCACACAGACUGAUACAAAAGGAAUAGCAUCUGCCGAGAAGGAAGAAACACCUAAGGGUAGCGYUGCAGAGAGUGAUAAUGSAGACGCUGUGUCAUACGAGUCUGCGACAGAAGUUUCUUUUCCCUUAGAAGCUGACACUGUGGAAGGUGAAACUGAUGUAUACCUUGGAGAUGGAGAUAGAAUUAUAAAUGAUGAUGGGUCUGGUUCAGCUUUUGAUGGUUCAGGAAAAGAAAUGGAAUCAAAUACUUGGCCAUGGGGAACAGCAACACUGGAACCAGUUUUCUACCCUGGACCUGAUAGGUGGCUUGAUGAUGACAAUGAGUCCCUGUUAGUCAGCACUGAGGAUAUUCCUGAAGGUCUGAUCUUAGAUUAUAUUCUUAACUCUAGAAAGAAAUUAGAUGAUGAUCCUUCUGCAGAUGAGAAUGAAGGUGGUAUGACUGAUACCAAUGUAAAGGAAGACUUCCUGGAUGAGUCUGAAGUAUUUGUUUUUCCAGAGACUUCAACUCAACCUGUACCUCUGUUACAGACAGAAGUGCCAUCCUCAAUGGAAUCAUCUACACACAUCGGAAUACAUGAUUCUUCUUUUAUUAAACCAUCUUUUGUUUUGGAGCCUUCAGUGGAUUAUUCCUCUCUAGGCGUGCCAGCUGGAGAGGCCCCUGUCUCACCUCAGGAUACAGAUAUGUCUGUAGAAGAAAAUCUUGUAUCUACAGAGACUGUCAGUGUGGAACAACCUGAAGAGUUCAAUGUGGGUCAGAACAUUGUUUCUGAAGCAGUUGAACACCAAAAUGAGGACAGAGCAGUUUUGGAAGAAUUAGCCACAGCAGGGCAGUUGGAUGUAGCUGGAGCUGUUACAAUAGGCCACUUGGACACAAGCUCUUCAGGAGCUAUUGUGACUGUAGAUGCUUUCACAGUAUAUGCUGAUACUUCUACAAAAGAGGAGCAAAUCUUGACAGAUCAGGAGGCUACUGGAUUAUCGAUGAAACCAGAUGACAUCUGGCCUACUGACGGAGCGCCGGAGAAAACACUAGAUUACGAAGUGCAAACAGCAAUGCCAACUCUGCUUCAGGCUUCAACUGUUGUUCCUUCUGUAAUAGAUCAGACCGCUGUUUUGGAGGACUUCACUGGACAUGGUAAUACAGACCAUGACGUGCAUGUUUCUGAUAGUAUCAGCACUGUUAUGAAUUCAUUUGCAACAGAGAGAGUAACAACAGAUACUUAUGAGCUUUCAUCCCGUUUCCCUCCUAUGGGAUCUACAGUAUCAUCUUCUAUGGCUACCUCAUCAACUCUGGAAGAUGAAAUGACAACAGUUUUGGAUAUUUCAGUAGAGCUGGAUCRUGCGAGCACUAUCUACUCCUCUCCUAAGCUGAAUAAGGAGGGAAGGGGCAUGACUGAGAGUCACGUGGAGCUAACGACAAGUGUACAGUCCACAGAAAUGGCCAGCGUGGCUUGGCCCACUCAUGAAGACCACAAUAGUACUCCUGUCCCAUCGCGAGCUCUAGUGGUGUUCUUCAGUCUUCGGGUUACCAACAUGAUGUUUUCAGAGGACUUGUUUAAUAAAAAUUCUCCUGAAUAUAAAGCACUAGAGCAACGAUUUUUGGAACUGUUGGUCCCCUACCUUCAGUCAAAUCUCACAGGCUUCCAGAAUCUGGAAAUCCUGAACUUCAGAAAUGGCAGCAUUGUAGUGAACAGCCGGAUGAAGUUUGCCAAACCUGUGCCUCGGAAYGUCACCAAUGCCGUGUACAUGAUCCUGGAAGACUUCUGCAACACAGCGUAUCAUACCAUGAACCUGGCCAUCGAUAAGUACUCCCUGGAUGUGGAAUCGGGCGACCAGGCAGAUCCUUGCAAAUUCCAGGCCUGUAAUGAGUUCUCCGAGUGCUUAGUAAACCGCUGGAGCGGGGAAGCAGAGUGUGUCUGCUAUCCUGGCUACCUCAGCAUUGACGGGCUGCCCUGCAACAGCGUUUGUGAUCUGCAGCCCAACUUCUGUCUGAACGACGGCAAAUGUGACAUAAGCCCUGGGCAAGGGGCUAUAUGUAGGUGUCGUGUGGGAGAGAACUGGUGGUACCGAGGGGAGCACUGUGAAGAGUACGUGUCGGAGCCGCUUGUCGUGGGCAUUGCAAUCGCCUCCGUGGCAGGAUUCCUGCUGGUGGCCUCUGCUGUGAUCUUCUUUCUGGCCAGGACCCUUCGAGACCAGUACACGAAGAGUGACACCGAGGACUCGCUGGGGCAGGGUGACAGCCUCUCAUCCAUUGAGAAUGCAGUUAAGUACAACCCCAUGUAUGAAAGCGAUACCACUGGCUACAGCCACUACUAUCGGAGAUACCCCCAGCUGACGUCCUACAGUUCCACCAGUGCAGAGACCUCUGCUGAGUACAGCAGUGAAGAGAUAAGGCACAUCUAUGAAAACAGUGAGCUUACUAAGGAGGAAAUUCAAGACAGAAUUCGAAUUAUAGAAUUAUAUGCUAAAGAUCGUCAGUUUGCAGAGUUUGUUAGGCAGCAUCAAAUGAAGCUGCUUUAAAAGAGAAAAAAAAAAAAAAAAAAAAGAAAUCAGUAGAAAACAUGUGGGAGAUAAAGACUACCUUGUUGCCAUAGCAAUGGGCUCAGAUGUAACUGCAAAGUCUUAACAUUGCAUGGAUGGAUACAGAUGUUUUCUCAAUGAAUGGCUAAAAUGUAUGAAUGUCUGUUUAUUUUGAUUGCCUCUGACUUUUCUGCGUAAAGAGACAUUCCUAAGAGCUGAUCAGAGUGGCAGAGGUUAUGRAAGUUCAUUUUUCUUUAAAUCUGAAAUGGACAGUCAGAGUUUGUAUACCAAGGCAARAAAUCUCCUCAGGAAAGGAGAAGAUAUAUGAACACACUGGAAAUAAAACACACAUUUAAAACCUCUGCCUGGCAUUCUUCCUCUCACUGGAGGCUACUGUAAUGGUUUCACAAGUAUAAAGUUCUAGUUGAAAUAAAUAUCUGUAGUUCUAAUUGAAAGAAGUAUUUGUUCUKCCCAUGAAUACUUUGUAGGCUUAUAGCUAUUCUGCUAGAAUAGUAUUUGUAUUAUUUUAAAGCAUUCCUAUCAUAAACAUAACCUCAGUGGAAAAAAUYCCUUGCACAGCUGCCUGAUUUACUUUAUGUCGCUUGACAUUAGCAAAGCAGAAGGCUUAGCUCGCCGAAAUGCUCUCCCC